UAAACGUUAAGGGAAAAUGGUGGUAGUAGUAAUAAUUUGAUUCAUGUAGUAUAAAAAGGCGUAGGAAGGGGAGGAAAAAAGCGAGUCUUGGUGGUGGGGCGGUGGUGCUGUGAGAGACUCUGCAAAGUGAAAACAUUCUCAGAAGAAGUGGCUUUUUUGUGAAUACACGGUGUUGCUAUGGUGGCUGUCAAACAUUAGCGACAACACAUCUUUUUUUUCCAUGGUCUCUCCGGUCUUCAUUGAUCCAAAAAGUGUUGUCGAGUAACGUGGAUUCUUGAUCUUGAUUUGUGAAAGUGGACCUGUGGUUUUGUUCCUUGAUUAGUAAUGGCGAUUGAUAGCUAAUGAGGAAGGUUGAUGGUAUCAAGUGUUUUGAGCACGUGGGAUGUUUGCAGUAUUUGACAAGACCAAGCAAACUAUUGAUUCCCUUAUUCGGGCCUUCUUCUCAUCAAAAUAUCAAGCUCUCUUGCAUCAUCACAUUGUUUCGUCACGUGGCAUUAGUCCCCUUUUACUUGAUCCCUCCUCUUAAGUUCUCAAAAAGUGCUGCGGUUGCUGGUUCCUGGAAUUGCCCUUUCAACAACUGCAAUUUGCUUCGGUUUGCGUUAUUGAAUUGGGGAUUGCUGGUUUAACUAUAGGAGGCAAGGGAUCAGUAUUUUGAAGGUUAGAGUACACUUUACCUGCAAAAUGAAGUUUAUGAAACUUGGAUCAAAGCCUGACCAGUUUCAGACCGACGGAGACACUAUAAGGUAUGUAGCGACAGAGUUGGCUACUGACUUGGUUGUUAAUGUUGGAGAUGUCAAGUUUUAUGUUCAUAAGUUUCCUCUCCUCUCCAAGAGUUCUCAGCUCCAGAAGCUCGUCACCAGUGCGGGUACUGACAACAACGACGAAAUUGACAUCCAUGAUAUUCCGGGUGGACCUGCAGCAUUUGAAGUAUGUGCUAAGUUCUGUUAUGGGAUGGUAGUGACACUCAAUGCUUACAACGUCGUAGCAGCCCGUUGUGCAGCUGAGUACCUGGAAAUGUAUGAGACUGUUGAGAAAGGAAAUCUUACAUACAAGAUUGACGUUUUCCUCACUUCUAGCAUUUUCCGGAGUUGGAAAGACUCCAUAACUGUACUUCGAACGACAAAUUCUUUUCUUCCUUGGUCGGAAGAAUUAAAGAUUGUCAACCACUGCCUAGACUCUAUUGCCACCAAAGUUUGCACUGAUCCUUCAAAGGUAGACUGGUCAUACACUUAUAACCAUAACAAGCUUGUAUCUGAGAACGAGCAUGAAGAAAAAUGGAACGGUGUGAAGAAACUACAAACAGUGCCAAACGACUGGUGGGCGCAGGACCUGUGUGACCUUCAAAUCGAUUUAUACAAGAAGGUUAUUACAGCAAUAGUUGCCAAAGGAAACAUGUCUGCAGAUGUUGUAGGUGAAUCAUUGAAGUCGUAUGCUUUGAAAAGGCUUCCUAUUUUUAGCAAAAGCACCUUACAGGAAAGUGAUUGCCUGAAGUACCGUUACUUGGUCGAUACAAUCACAUCUUUGCUGCCAAAUGAGAAAGGUUCCGUACCUUACGAUUUUCUGCUGAAAUUAUUACAUGCAUCCAUAAUGUUAGAUUGCUAUGAGUUGGGGAGAAGGAUGCUUAUGCUAAAAAUCUCUCAACAGCUUGAUGAGGUAACUGUUGCUGAUCUAAUUAUUCGCUCCUCAACUGGUGAAACAGCCCGUUGUAACAUAGAUGUCGUACAUGGGUUGGUUGAGCAAUUCGUGAUGCAAGAAGAUAGCAUCCAGACUGGUAGUCCCGACGAUAGUGAGUUCAGGGAGAUAUGUCCUGGAUUUAUUUCCGAUGCUUCCAAGGCUAAGGUGGCUAAAUUGGUUGAUGGUUAUUUGGCUGAAGCAGCUAGAGAUGUCUCGUUGCCUCUGUCCAAAUUUAUCGAUCUGGCUGAAAUGGUCUCGACCUUUCCAAGAUCGAGUCAUGAUGGGAUUUACCGUGCUAUUGACAUGUACCUCAAGGAACACCCAGCGUUGACGAAGAGUGAGAAAAAGAGAAUUUGUCGGUUGAUGGACUGCAGGAAGCUUUCGGCAGAUGCAUGUGCGCACGCUGUACAAAAUGAGAGGCUUCCGUUGCGGGUGGUUGUGCAAGUUCUUUUCCUCGAGCAAACCAGAGCAACAGCAGCUGUUGGGAACAACGCUCCUGAACUUCCUGGCUCUGUAAAAGCUAUGCUUCCACGAGGAUCUUGUGGGAGCUCCAGAUCUGCAACUACCAAUUCGGAUGAAGAUUGGGAAGGGGACCAGACGUCUGAGGAGCUUAAGGAUUUGAAAGCGGAGCUCGCCUCUCUCAGGCUAGAAAAUAAAGGAGAUAGUGGCGUCAUAGUAAAUGAUGCUAAAUCGAAUGCUGAUAAAGCCACUUCAAAGAAGGUAAAGAAGAUCUUCACGAGACUAUGGUCAAACAAAGACAGACAAGGUGAGAAUAGUAGCUCAGAUACAUCUGAAAGCCGUGCUUCUACCAGCGUGGAAGAAACAGAGGCAAUGAAAGUGGCUGUACGGAUGAUGUUGCAAAAUCAAACGGCGAAGAAAUCACAGUAACAAAGUGAAAACGGUCUUCUCAAGAUCCUCUGCUUAAACAAGGAUCUAUCAAGUAAGGAGAAUAGCAGCUAGAAUUCGUACAGGAGUCUAGAACAAGGCGUAACCCAUCCAAGUAAUCGGGCUACUCCUCUCUAAACUAAGAGGGAAGUGUUCAGUAACUAUCAUUUGUAAGUUUUGCUCCUUGGUUUUCCUUAAGAUGUUACGUGUCAUCCAGAUGCAACAGAAUGGAGAGAGUGACUGGCUAAUCAUUUUUCGACACUUGAGGAGCUUAUUGGCACAAGAAAAUGCUUGUCGGCUUUUAUCCUUGGCAUAGUAGAAGGUAGGUUUGGUGUGUAUCUGCAACUGUAAUUGGCCUAAGGAUUUUUUUAUAGCCAGCCAUUGUGUAUCUGUAGUUGUUUUAGAUGUAUUCUUAACAGUAUGAAAUUUUGAGUUGGGUAAAAAAGAUUGCUAAGGCA